UCCCUGCGCCGUCGCGAGCCCUAGUAAACCCUACCAUGUCGUCUCUGCUGCGCUCGCCGGCCAUCCGCCGCGCUCUCUUGGCCGCCUCAUCGGGAAGACCUCAGGGAGUUUCCUUCCUCCGCGCUGCCUCAGGGGCAGCCCCCGCUUUUGGCGGAGAAGGGGGGGCCACCGUCCGCCGCGGUCUUGGACUCCUGACCGUGCCGCGCCGCUACCUUUCCGGACAGAACGGCCAGCCUACUGCUCCUCCCCCGGAUCAGGCUGGUCAGGCGCUAGAGCAAGUUCAGCAAGUGGAGGAACUAGCUCAGGAAGUGGAGGAACUAGUUCAGAAGGAUGUUGAUACAUUUGUGGAGCUGUACAGAGAAAUGCGCAUUGGGGACCAUGGCUAUUUUGAGAGGCUUUUGAGUAACAGUGGGGUGCCCAAAAGCCCAUCUCGUGAUCGUUUCGUUUGGAGCUGUCAACUUGGAAUCAUAUUUGCUGGGUCUUGGAUGGUCGGUUACCUGAAAUCUGAGUGAACCUGCAUGGUAAAGGUUUGUGAGAAGAGACGUAGUUAAUUAACUGGCUUAGCUGUAUGUAUUUUUGACCGUGCUGAACGGAAUAGCCUAUGUUGAAUGUAUGUACUUUGGCAUUCUUCACUGCAACUGUCGUAGAAA